GCGACGACGCGUUUUGUCUUUUUUGUUUUCUUCCUAGCUAGUGAGAGGAACACGGCAUCAGACCAACACCUUGAUGACCUUUGGCCUCGUCCGGCCGGCAUGUAGCGCCGCUGCGAGGAGGAGGCCCGGCUGGGCGCGGCGGUUCUCUUCUGCCCUGCCCUCUCAAGACGUGAAGCCCGAGGCCUACAUCUCCCAGUCGACUGACCCGCUCUUCAAUCUCUCGCUCGAGGAUUUCCUCUUCCGCUCCCGCCCUGCCCAUGUGCCCGUGUGCCUCGUCUACCGCAACGCGCCCUGCGUCGUCAUUGGCCGCAACCAGAACCCCUGGCGCGAGCUCGAUGUGCGCCAGAUGAAUCUCGUGAACCUGCCGCUGGUCCGGCGACGCAGCGGCGGCGGCGCCGUCUACCACGACCUGGGAAACACCAACCACUCGUUCCACAUUGCCCGGCAGGACUUUACGCGCCGCUUCCACGCCGAGCUCGUCGCCAGGGCGCUCAACUCGCCGCCCGUGUCGCUCGUGUCCCGCCGUGGCGGCGGCGAAGCGGGUGCCGCCGCCGACAACGAUGAUGCAGGCGACGGACGGCGGGGCGCCUACGUCAAUGCGCGCAACGACGUCUGCAUUGCGCUCCGUCAGCCCGGCGGCAUCGCUGGUGCACCGACGACGGCGACGACGGAGGAGCGAAAGGUGUCGGGGAGCGCAUACAAGAUCAUCAGCCAGCGCGCCUACCACCACGGCACCAUGCUGCUGGACUCGGACCUGAGCCGGCUUCAAGGCAGCCUGCGGCCCACACGCGGGGACGCGAUGCGCUCCAAGGGCGUCGAGAGCGUCUCGAGCCCCGUCGUGAACCUGUGCGAGGCAUUCGAGAGCCGGCGCGCGCAUCUCACCCAUGAAUCCUACGUCGAGAGCCUCGUGGGCGAGUUUGCACGGACAUAUGCGGCGGCCGCAGGUGUGGAAGCGGAGGAGGAGCAGGCACAGGCGCAGGCGCUCCAUGUGGUCCAAGUCUACGAGGAGGAUGAGAUUGGGCGCCAAAAGAAGCUGAGGCAAGGAUGGGAGGAGCUCAAGAGCUGGGAGUGGAUGUGGGGACAGACGCCCGAGUUCCACCACUCGAUUGAGCUGCAGCAGCAAGGCGAAGGCGGCCUGUUCAGCAACGGCGACAAUACGCUGCACCUGCAUGUCAAGAAUGGCAGAAUCAUCGCUGCCGAUCUGGAAGACGAGGAGCGAGGGCCGCUGGGCGCCAUUGCCAGACGGAUGGUCGGCAAGAGGUACAACGUCCUCGCCGAUGCGCCUCGGACGACAUUCGAACAGGAAGGAAAAGAGAGGCUGAAGCAGAAGAGGAUAGAAGACGGUCUCGAGGAGCUGGGCCUCGAUGGCCAGACGCCAGGCUCGGCAGAGGCCGAGUACGCAAAGAAGUUUCUCGCUUGGCUCAAGGGCAUGCUGUAGCUAUUCAUUGUCUUGUGUGCGCAAAUUGUACCAGAAACA